UCCAGGCUGAACACCCCAACUCUCCCAGCCUGGCUCCAGAGCAGAGCUGCUCCAGCCCUCCCAUCAUCUCCGUGGCCUCCUCUGGACUCUCUCCAAGAGCUUGUGUCCUUCUUUUGCUGGGGGCUCCAGAGCUGGACACAGUUCUCCAGCUGGGGUCUCAGAACAGCAGCACAUUGCAGCCCAAUUCCACAGUCACUGCCCUGCCCAUAGAGCAGGAGCACACAGGACCCACCUGGUGUCACCUGCAGGUUGUGUCUGUGGGGCAGGUGAUGAGCUUUGGAUCUCUUCUACUUGCAGCACGAGAUGGCAUCUGAGGAGGACUGGACAGGGCAGGAGCUGGCAGGGCAGGAAGAGCAGGAGCUGGCAGGGCAGGAAGGGCAGGAGCUGGCAGGGCAGGAAGGGCAGGAGCUGGAAGGGCAGGAAGAGCAGGAGCGGACAGGGCAGGAGCAGACAAGGCAGGCAGGGCAGGAGCAGGCAGGGCAGGAGCAGGCAGGGCAGGAGCAGGCAGGGCAGGAGCAGGCAGGGCAGGAGCAGGCAGGGCAGGAGCAGGCAGGGCACAGCACCCCUCUUCCCGCUGCCAGCACCAGCCACAUGCUGCACAUCACGCCGCUGGUUCCCUCGGAGGAUGUGGAAUGCCCGAUCUGCCAGGAACCCAUCCUCAGUGAGGCCUUUGUGAGCGUGUGCUGGCACAGUUACUGCUUUCUGUGCAUCCUGGAGUGGAGCUGCCGGAACGCCGUCUGCCCCCUCUGCCGGAGGCCUUUCCAGCUCCUCUUCCUCCGGGUGGGAUCCAUCCUGUACGAGGUGCACAACAUCUCAGCCUACAGGCGGGACAGAGCCCGGCUCCGCGCUCUGGAGAGGAGGCAGCUGUUUUUCUCCGGGCACCACUACCGCAGGGUCACCAGGAUCGACGGCGGCGGCUACGACGGGACCCUGCAGAGGGUCCGGAGCAGGUCCCCAGACGACGGGACCCUGCAGAGGGUCCGGAGCAGGUCCCCAGGGUGGCACCUCAACGGCCUCGCCGAGGCCAGAGGCAGGAUCCGAAGCAGGUCCCCGAGGCGGCACCGCGACGGGCAAGGUCGGGCCGGCAGCGGGGGCUCCUCCAGCCGGCAGCACGCCAGGAGCCCAGCCCGCAGCAGGUCCCGCCGCAGCGGGAGGCGAGGGCAGCGGGACCGGGGGCCAGCUCUGAGCCUCGAAAGGGGCGCCCGGGCCUCCUCCAGGAGAAGGCGGCACCGCAGAGGCAGGAGCCGGUCCCGGGACGGGCCCCGCAGCCGCGCUGGGCACGGGGCCUGGUAGCCCUGCCAGGAUGGGGAGCGCAGCGCUGCGCCCCGACCGGCGUCCCUGGGGCAGCACGGCCAGCCCGGGGCACAGGAGACCCUCGAGGUGGUGGCUGAGGGACACGUGGAUGGAGGCAGAGAGGAUCUUCUGGACAGGGACACCAGCAGGGCCAGCGGCGCUGGUCCCGACCCACUGCAGCUCCACCUCUGUGCUGCUCUUGCUGACAGGCUGGGAGGUGCUUUCUUGCCUUCCUAAUUCCUGCCUGCACAUCUCAGAGGGGUUGGUCACUGCUCUGCCUGGAGAGCAGAAGCACAGACACCCCCUUACGUCCCGUCUGCCCUUUGCAACAGCACAAGCAGAGCCCCGGGGCAGAGCUGGCACCUCUGGUAGCUCCUCACUCUCUCAGCUUUGCUGCUUCCUGCAGGUUGUGUCUCAGGGGCAGGUGAUGAGCUUUGAACUCUUCUGUCUGCAG